AUGUCUAGUUGGAACACAAGCUGCAGUGAAAGUGAGUUGAGUGGAGGUAACCAGACAGAGCCUGCGCCCUAUCAGCCGUCUGCAGCUGUUAUUAUCCUUCAGGCCAUCGUGAUGAUUUUCACUAUAAUUACAGAUAUUAUUGGUAAUAUUCUGUUAAUCCUCUCUGUAUUACUAAACAAGAAGCUUCAUACUCCUGGUAAUAUCUUUGUCAUCAGUUUAUCUGUAGCAGAUCUGAUUGUAGCUGUGUACCCUUAUCCAUUAAUCACAAUUGCUAUUUUACAACAGAAAUGGCCCCUGAGUCCUGUCCAGUGCAAGGUGUCCUCAACUAUUACUGCUCUCAGUCUGUUUGGAUCUGUGUACAACAUCUUGGCAAUAGCAAUCAACAGAUAUGUCUGCAUUUGCCACAGUUCUAGAUAUGAUAAACUAUACAGCAUAAAGAAUACAUACUGCUAUGUUUUCUUGACGUGGAUACUGUGUAUUAUUUUACUGUUGCCUGUCACAUCAACAGAUGCCAUACAGUAUGACUCACGAGUUUACUCCUGUGUUUUCAACUUCACAACAAACUUGUUUCUGAAUAUUGCUUUGUCAUCUUUGCAGAUUUUAAUUCCAUUGUGCAUUGUGAUGUUUUGCUACACAUGGAUUUGGAUUUUGGUCAUUCAGGCCAAGUAUCGGGUUAGGCGGGAUAACAAACAAAAGCUGAAAUUUAAUGAAGUGAGAAACUUUUUCACCAUGUUUGCAGUCUUUGUUCUUUUUGCAGUUUGCUGGGGUCCAUUUAAUACAGUUGGUUUGGCAUUUAGUUUUAGCCCCAGAGGAAAGGCACCAAAGGUGCCCGAUUGGUUGAUUGUACUAAGUUAUUUCAUGGCCUAUUUCAAUAGCUGCCUGAAUGGAAUUAUUUAUGGAAUCUUUAACCGUAAUUUCAGAAAUGAGUACAAAAGAAUUGUGUUGUCUAUAUGCAUAUGUAUAUUGAGACAAGUUCAGAAAAUGACCUAG